GGGGGGGGGGGGGCUCGCGUCGAUUCUCGAUGGGGAAUCGGAUCGCACGUGGGAUUAGUGGUGGCUGCUGCUGGUGAUGGUGGCUGCUCGCUAACAGCACUUGCCCCAACAGUCUGUUGAGGCUAUACGGUGGAUCUUUGUCUUAGGUCGUGGUGAGUGAGAGUCGUGAUGGUCGUAGUUGCGUUGUUGGUAGCGGUAGUGGUCACUCACUGUUCGCCGUACCUGCAGUGGCAGUGAUAAAAGGGUGGGGGUGGGGGGGGGUGGUUAUGGUGGUUGUGAUUAUCGUGACCAUGCUGGGGCAGCAAUAGCUGCGGUGGUGGUGGUGGUGUGGGCCAUCGGCAGUUGGCGAGAGUUGACCGGUCGAGGUUUGUGACGGUGCUGGUAGCUGAGUUGGUGCUCGCUGUUAACCCGAGCAUGAAUCACCGUCAUCAUCAGCGUCGCAUCAACGAACUCCAUCGUCAGUCCGCGCUCUAGCGAGGGGCGGGGGGGUCCCUUCUCUGCUCCCAACUUGCCCCUCCCGUGGACGCGAUGAUAGGAGCCCUCAUUUUCACGGAGGGCCACGGACGCCCGUCGAUCUUCGGACGGGGUCAUUCAUCAGAACCGUACUCUGUGGGUGCCCGGGGGGUGCCACGAGGGUUAACUCAUUAAGUAAUUAAUUAAGUAAUUAUUCAUUAGCAGCCGCGAUCAGAUUUCAUCGAAUUCUGAUUCAGCCGCGGGGGCAGCCGUGCUUUUGGAACCAGCGGAUCCAACCUCAAAAGACGACGAACUUGCGGGGUCAAGGUCCCGGCGGGGUCCCUGUGCCGUGGGGGGCGAGGCUGGGGGAGGCGGCGGCAGGGGCGGCGGCGGGGGGCAGGACCCCCCGGCCAGCGAGGGGACCCCCCCCCGGCGGCGAGGGGACCAUGUUCACGCUGUUCCGGCCGGGCUGCUGCAGUCUGCUCAAGAGGCCCUGCUGCCCGGCGCACGCAGCGAGGGAUGAGGCUGCGGCGUCCUUCUACGAGCAGAUCACGGUGAUCAGUGUGGAGAAACCUCUUCUCGGAAUCACUGCUCCGAUAGACGGAGAGAGGAGACGAGGGCGGGGGGGGCCACACGGACACAUGGACAGCGCGACGUCUCUGCAGGGGGAGAGCGGCUCGCGGGGGGCCCUGGUGCAGGGAGCGCGCCCCCCUCAGCGUCGCGUGCGCAGGGCGCGCACGGUGCUGGGCACUCGACAUGAGCUGACGGAGAUGGCGUCCGACCUGUGCAGCAAGGAGAACCUGGCCCCACACACAGCUCCACACACAGCUCCACCCUUCAUCAAGAGCAAGAGCCCCUUCGAGACGGUGGAGAAACCCAAGAAGGAUGAAUACAUUCCGUACCCGAACAUACAGGAGGUUCUGGACCGGGGAGGCCCCUACCCCCAGGUCAUCCUGCCCCAGUUCGGCGGCUACUGGAUCGAGGGGUCGCACCCUCCCUCCCCCGAGCCCACGUCGCCGACCCCCGUGACCCCCGCGACCCCCGCGACCCCCUGCUGCCCCACGUGCCCCUCCAUGCCCGACGCCGCCGCCACGGGGCCCCAGCUGGAGGGGAACCCGACGGCACACACGUACCGUCGUCACUUCCUGGGACAGGAGCACUUCAACUUCUACGCGAGCGACAACGCCGCGGGACGCGUCGUCUUCUCCAUCAAGCACGAGGCGGCCGGCCCCGCGCACGACUGCAUGCGCCUCCUGCUGCGCGCCAGGAGGCAAUCGUACGAGUGCACGGUGCCCGUGUCCAGCCUGGGUGAAGCGCCCAGCGUCGCUCACAUGGCCAAGCUUCUCUGUCCAGAGCUCACCACCGAACGCUUCCACCCCGUGCUCUACCCGAAGGCAUCCCAGCUGAUUCUGGCCUACGACGAGCACUCCAUCAGCAAUCAGUUCAAGUUCGGCGUCAUCUACCAAACGUUCGGGCAGAAGACGGAGGGGGAGGUGUUUGGGAACCGUCAGGAGAGUGCGGCGCUCGACGCGUUCCUAGGCAUGCUCGGAGACCCCGUGCAGCUGCACAACUUCUCAGGGUUCCGCGGGGGUCUGGACGUGACGCACGGACAGACGGGCUCCGAGUCCGUGUACACGCGCUUCCUGGACCGCGAGGUCAUGUUCCACAUCUCCACCAAGCUGCCCUACACAGAGGGAGACGCGCAGCAGCUGCAGCGCAAGCGCCACAUCGGCAACGACAUCGUGGCGCUGGUGUUCCAGGAGGAGAGCACGCCGUUUGUGCCCGACAUGAUCGCCUCCAACUUCCUGCACGCCUAUGUCGUGGUGCAGCCGUUCCGGCCGCCGUCGCGGCGCUCGCGGUCCUCGCUUUCCGCCACCGACUGCGGCUGCCCCUUUCCCGGGACGACCCCGGCCCCUCAGGGCCCCCUGGCCCCCCCGGUCCUGCCGGCCUCGCCGCAUGACCCCAGCGGGCCCAUCGCCGGAGGCGACGCUGUGAUAGAAGCGAGGCCAUCGCCCUGCGACGCGGACAAGGGAGCGGAGGAUGGGGAGGAGGAAGAUCGGAAGGAGGAGGAUGGGAAGGAGGAAAAUGUGUCCGGGGAGGCGAGCGACAAAGCGGAGGUGCAGAAAGAUGGGAAGGAUGAGGAGGACGACGAGGAGGAGGAGGGGGAGGAGGAGGAGGAGGAGGAGGAGGAGGAGGGCGAUGGCAGCACGUGGUAUAAAGUGGCCGUGACGGCCCGGAAUGACGUGCCCAUGUUCGGGCCGCCCCUGCCGGAUCCGCCCGUCUUCAAGAAGGGCGAGGCUCUGCGUGAGUUCUUGCUCACGAAGCUCAUCAAUGCAGAGCAUGCCUCCUACAAGGCUCGCAAGUUCUCCGCUCUCGAGGAGCGAACCCGGGCGGCGCUGCUGGACACCCUCUACGAGGAGCUGCACGCACGCUCCCAGUGCAUGCUGGGAGGCUGGCCGGAGGGCGACAGGUCAGAGGGAGGGGGCGGCACGAGUGGCGGCGGGGGAGGAGGCGGAGGAGGAGGAAUCCUGGAGACGUUCAAGAAAGCCAUCCGCGGACGCAGCCAGUCCAUGGAGACCGUGCUCGUGGGGGGGCGGCAGAAGCAGGCCGUGCCGUGCAGCCACAGCGGGGGGCUGGGCCCUCCGCCAACGCUGGCCGAGGCUGCUCGACCCCCAGCCGCAUUCUCCCUGAUGCUGGUGGGACGGAGCCCCGUGUGGAGGGCGAAGCAGGGCCAGGCGCCGGCAGCUGGAGCGGCCCAGAGGGCAAGUCCGGGCAGCGCGGAGGACAGGCACAGCAGGGAGGGCUCGGGACCGCUAACGACCCCAGACAGUGGCCACGUGUCACACGACCACAUGUCCUCCAAUCAGAGCUCUCCCGACAUACUGCCGCACCCGUCCAGGCCGGGCCGUGCGGGCGCUGCCGUGGACUCGGUGCUGCCGCUGUCGCGCUCCUCAUCCAACGGGAGCAGCUUCAGCAGCGCGGGCGGCGAUCAGGAGUAUGACACGGGCAUGGAGAGCCAGUCGUCCGCCGGGACCCCGCGCACGCGCGACUCCUUCACCUACAGCACGUGGCUCUCGGACACGGGAAGCCUGUCCAGCGUGCUGAGCUACACCUCGUCCGCAGCUUCCGUGCACUCUCUGCUCAAUAACCCGGAGGCGGGGAGGGGGGACGCGGGCACGAGCCGGGCCCCGCAGCCGCCGGGGUGCACCGCGCCUGGCACCACGUCCCCGGAGGAGCCCCAGCCGGAGCAGUGAGAAACCCGGCCGACCGCGACCCGCCCCCCCUCACCGGCAGCCCCCCCCCUCGCCUCCCGUGUCACACCACGCAAGAGAGACAUGGCAGGGCGGGGUGGGGGUGGAGGGGGUACUACAUGGAGCGGGGGGAAGGGGCGGGGGCAUUGUCGUGGCAGGGCGACGGCGGUGACUGGCGGCGGUCGGGGUGGCGUGGUCCCGAUAGGGCCGGGCGUCCCGUGUGCGUCUGGCCCAGCGGGGGGAUUUCCGUCGGCUGCCACGAGGUCCGUGGCAGCGCGCGGCCCUCCGGAGUUUGUCGAGAAGCGACCCCCCGACUGUUAGCGAGCGCUGGCGGCGCUCCGUCGCCGCCUUCGCCGUGCGAGCCGUCCACAACCCCGCGGGGUGCGGGAGCUGCUCGCGAUUCCGACCGCUCACGCGUUCCGUCCCGUCAGUCCGUUCCGUUCGUUCCCGUGACCGUGUUUUGCAGUGGUUCGUGUGUGCGUGUGCGUACGUGGGGAGUGGUGGCGUAGCGGUUAGCGCUACGCCGCGCUACGAACCAGGCGACCCGAUUUCGAUUCCCGCUCACGACUACAACACCGGUGACGAUUACUGGU